AUGUAUAUAUAUACAGAUCCGAAUUGUUUGUGUCAUUUGCAAGUCACGACACUGAUAAUAUCACCAGAGCACGACAAACCAAAAAUGAUCAUCACAUACGAAUGUCAGACGCCAGACAAGCCGUCCACGGUGCAGUUGGCAGGCGACUUUUGCGACUGGCAGCCCCAGAACAUGACUCCUGAAGAGGAUGGAAACAAGUACACGUACGAUUUCGACCCCGAAAGUGGCAAGAAGUACCUGUACAAGUUUGUGGUAGAUGGCGAAUGGGUGCUUCAGGACGGCGUUGCGACGGCUACCACCGAAGAUGGUGCUGUCAACCAUGUCAUUACAGAGGCCGAGUCCUCUGCUGCUGUUGCCAAGCGCAAGAAGAACCAGAAGAAGAAGGCCAAGAAGAAGGCCAAGGCUGCUGCCGCAAAGGUCAAUUCGGAUUCCCGUUCGUCCUCGGAACCCUCCUUCACUCCUCCUCCCACUGCCUCGUCCGAGACCACUUCCAUGAACGCUUCUAUGGCUCUGGAUGAUCCUCGGUGGGUCAUGGUUGAUCAGGCAGGCGCCAUGGUCAUGGAUCUGAACAAGGCCAGCGGUGAGUUUGAUGAUUUGGAUGCAUUGAUCUCUAGUGGAAUCGCCAAUGGAAGUAUCGGUAAUGACCCUGUUCCUGUGGUGGAUAAGGGAGCCAAAAUUGAGGAGGUUGUUGAGAAGGUUGAGCCGAAGGCCGAGGAGGUUACUACUGAGAUCGAGGCUGAUACCAAGGGGGAGGAUGAGGAGGAGGUCAAGGAGGCAACUGCCGUGGAUGAAGAGCCUGAGAUCAAGACUGAUGAAGUUGAGUCUGCUGAAGCCAAGCAAGCAGAGGUUGAGUCUGCGGCCAAGGAAGAGUUUGAGGUUGAGAACACCAUCAUUGAGUCUGUUGAGCCUGCUAAGAAGGUCAAGGCUGAGCCUGAAGUUGAGGAGGCAAAAACUGAGGUUGAGGAAUCUAAGCCCACUGACAAUGAAACCGAGGUUGCUGAGAUUGAGACUAAGAGUGAAGAGUCUGUCGGGGAGUCUGUCAAGGAGUCUGUCGAGGAGACUACUGAGGACAACUCUAAGAACUUUACUGAAUCCGACCAGGUUCUUACUGAUGAGUCCACUAAACCUACCGAGAUCGAGGUAGCUAACCCUGAGUCCACUGACACUCUUGAUACUGAGACCGCUGAGUCUGAACCAGCUCGAACUGAGGAGCCUCAAACAGAUGAGACUGAAGUUGAGCCCGAGCUUGAGACUGGAGUCGUGGCUGAUCCUAUCGAGGAGAAUGCUGCUGAGGUCGCCGAGGCCAUUAAGGUUAAGGACGAUGAGUCGGAGGUUCUGUCUAAGGACAUCUCUGAACCUGUCGAGGAGGUUGCAUCGGAGCCAGUCUCUGAGGAGCCAGUCUCUGAGGAGGACGAUGAGUCGCAGGUUCUGUCUAAGGACAUCUCUGAACCUGUCGAGGAGGUUGCAUCGGAGCCUGUCGAAGAGGAGCCUGUCGAAGAGGUCAUCUCUGAGGAGCCUGUCGAAGAGGUCACCUCUGAGGAGGCAUCCGAGCCUGUCGUCGAGGAGGCUACUCUUCACGAGACCCCUAUUGAGGAGGCUGCCCCUGGGGUUGAGUCUGAGGAGCCUAUCGCUGAGAUUGAGUCUGUCACUAAAGAGGCCGAGGCUAGCGCUGAUAUCGAGACUGAGACUGAGGCCACUCCCGCUGAGACCGAAUCCGAAUCGACUGCACCCAUCGCAGCCAACGAGCAGGUCUCCGAGGUUGCUGAGGUUGCUGAGGUUUCCGAGAAGGUUACUCUCAUUGAGGAGGAAGCUGAGACUGUUCAGUCUAGCGAGACUGCUGAUAAUUCGCCUCACAACUCUGGCGAGCCUACUCCCGAGCCUACCGAGACUGCUGAGGCUAUCGAAAUCGCUGAGAAGGAGGUAGCUUCAGAAUCGGCGCCUAUGGAUAAGCCUGAAACCGAAGAAAUUCUCGAGUCCGAGCCCGUUGAUGAAGCACCCGUUGUGACCGAGACUGCCAGCAACAUCAUUGACGAGACUGAAGCUCCCGGCCAGGAGUCUGAGGCUGCAGGUGAGUCUGAGGCAGUGGAGGAGCCCAAGGCUGUUGAGGAGACUCGCGAGGAGACUCCUAGUGAGUCCCAUGAGACUACCGAGCCUGUCGCUGAGGUCGCGGAGAAGUUUGUGGAGCCCAAGGUUGAAUCUGAGGAAGUUGAGCAGACCGAGGAGGUUAAGGAGACUGUCCCCGUGGUCGUUACAGAGGAGACAGUCUCCGUUGAACCGGUUUCUGAGUCUCCCACUAACCCCGAAAAGGAUGAGGUACCUACCGAGGCGCUCGUUGAGACUUCUACGGAGCCCUCUGUGCCUAAGAUCAACGAGACUGAGAUUGUCGACGUGGCCGUUGAUGAGUCUGUUCAGGUUGCUGACGCCACUGCUGACGAAGCUGAGGUGAUUGAGCCUGUUUCUGUAGCCCAGCCCGUGAUCAAGUCUGCUCUCGUCCAGGCUGGGCCUGAGGUUGAGUCUGUAACUGAGGUCACUGCACCCGAGCCUGAGGUUGAGACUAUUGGCGACAAGUCUUCUUCGGAAUCUGCUGUCAAGGUCACCCCCGGUAUUGCUGCAGCUGUGCCUGCAAUUGCAGCGGCCGCCGUGUCUGCAGGAGCCGCAGUUGCCGCCGUGCCUUUUAGCAAGAAUGAGCCUUCUGUUGAUUCCGACGCUGUUCAGCCUGUUCCCCCGUCUUCUGCAGGAUCCGAACGCAUGGUCACCGCAAUGUCCGAGCCUGUGACCACUGAUGAGGCUUCCAAGGCUAACCCUGAACAGACCCCCCGAGCCAGAAAUGUGUCAUAUGGCUCGAUCGCCGAGGCCGAAUCCGACGCUGGUUCCGACGUUGAGGUGCCAUCUAACCAAAAGGCCGUAAGCGAACACCGGGGUAUCUUUGUGUGGCUUUACGAGGUCAUUCUCGCUGGUAUUUUCAGCAAGUUGACUUCUCUUUUUCGGCGACCAGAACCCAGCAACUAA